AGAAUAUAAAAGAAUGAAACGAGUUACGACCAGACGAUGGCGUCGUGAACCGUCAUAAGAAAACGAGAUGUGGUGAACGAAUAUGCGUGCCUCGCGUUUCGAUUCGCGAUUCGAGUUAUUCAAAGUCAUCCAUAAAUGUUCGUCAAGUCAUUGCGGUCAAGUGCACCAUUACGAAAUGUAACCUGUGAAUCGACUUCCUUUCUCGGUGGUUUUCGCCGCUCGGUGAAGCUUUUGAAGUAUUUGAAUUCCGGAAUGCUGCUUCCAUAUACAAUACUAAGCUGUGCAUGAAAAACGUGUCUUCCUCGACGUUUUUUAGAACAAUAUUAACAGAAUGGAGACUUCAAUGAGAGAAAGGAUCCUCAGCUUUGCUGAUGUUAUAAUGAGAGUGCCACCUCUAUUUAUAAUCGAUGAGUUACUCAGAAUUAGUCUUGGAUUACCUAACGACAAUAUUGUGCUGGAGAGUACUGAAAAUAGUUUCAAAACUAUCAAUGUAGGAAUUGUUAAUUCUAUUUCUGCAGUUACAACAGAUUCGUUCCUGAUGGAGCAGUUUGACUUCACUCGUUUCGCUUAUAAAACUUAUUUGAUAAUCGUAUUCAAAUUUUUAUCCUGUUGUUUGGGAUGCCUUGUAGCUUUAUAUACAUUUAUGUUAUGUACUAGACAUUUAAUAAUUGUAUACUUAUACUUAAUAUCCGUUGGGGUGAUAUUUGUAUCAUAUUGGUCAAAUGUUAGUACAAUGAAAGCAAUUAUAGCUUAUAUAAAUUCUCAUGAAUCUGCAACCAGCAUACUUGACAACAUAUUAUCCCUGAAUUUAUCAGACGUUCUGUAUAAUGGUCCAGGCUUACUGAUUAUUCAAAAUUAUAUACUACAAUGUUUGUUGGCCAGCAUCUUUUGUUACAUUCAUCUUGCCCCAAAAAAUCCUAUAGUACAAAAACUGCUUGUAUUGAGUUUUAUGUCACCAUCUAUUUUGGGUAUUCAUCCCUUACCGGUACAAUAUUUAUAUCAUGCGCCAGUAUGUGCGACGUUAAUUCCAUUAGCUGUGUGCAAAUUUAUCAUCUGGUAUAAUGGCAUCUCUAUGUUAAAAACACUCUACAUGGGCUAUCGACAUGCGCGCAACUUUAUAAUCAACUACGGUUUAUCUGCUCUCGCGGAAACAGAAUGGAUGCGUCUAAACGUACCAUGCGUACUUCGAACAUUCUGGAUAUUACGAGUGGGAGAACAGGUCAUUCAAAUUUUGGGAAAUCAUUAUGGCGAAGAAACAUUUAAUUAUUACGUCAUGAUUAGGACGCUAUUGGUAAAUGGUUGCGAAACUUUAACAGCUGUUCUCGGUAUGACCAGCAUAAUCUCCUUCAUUUGCCAUUAUAUUGGCUGUUUCUUCCAAUGGGUACUGUUAACAGAAGAUGAGGAUGAGAAGAGUAUUGGCACAGUGUCCGCUAUAUUGUUCUACAUUCUUGCUUUGCAGACCGGACUGACAAGUCUUGAUAGAGAAAAGCGUCUAGUACGAUUGUAUCGUAAUUUCUGCCUAUUGUUCACGGCAAUUUUACAUUUUGUGCACAAUAUAGUGAAUCCGCUUUUAAUGUCGCUCAGUGCUUCCCAUAAUCCAGCUCUACACAGGCAUUUGCGAGCUUUGGCAGUUUGUGCCUUUCUUAUAUUUUUUCCGAUAUCAUUACUUAUAUUCCUCUGGUCUCACUUUACUGUCAGCACGUGGUUAUUGGCCGUAUCGGUUUUCAGCAUCGAAGUGAUAGUCAAAGUAGUGGUCUCGCUUGCAAUUUAUUCGCUCUUUCUGAUUGACGCGUAUAGAAGCGCGUUCUGGGAACAAUUCGAUGAUUGUGUAUACAUUAUACGAUCAUUCGGCAACACUGUAGAAUUUGCAUUUGGCAUUAUACUGUUUUUCAAUGGUUUCUGGAUACUAGUCUUUGAGUCUGGUGGAGCUAUUCGUGCCAUCAUGAUGUGUAUACAUGCUUAUUUCAACAUUUGGUGCGAAGCAAAGGCCGGAUGGAGCGUAUUUAUGAAGCGACGUACAGCUGUGAACAAGAUCAACUCUUUACCAGAAGCAAAAGCCGAGCAGCUUGAAAAACUAGAUGAUGUUUGCGCAAUUUGCUAUCAGGAAAUGCAGAGUGCCAAGAUCACCCAAUGUAAUCAUUAUUUUCACGGUGUAUGCUUGCGAAAAUGGCUAUAUGUUCAAGAUCGAUGUCCUCUUUGUCAUGAUAUAUUAUAUAAAGUUGAAAACGUGCAAAGUAGAGACAAUGGUAUUCUUGAGGAAGACAGAAGAAAUCUUAUUGAAAUGUAAAAGUCACGUUUCGGGUUUAUAUUAUUCUUCAAUGAUUUCUGGAGACUAAAUUUCGAAUUUGGUCGUGCCAUUAUGUACAUACAUAUUUAUUUCAACAUCUCGUGCAAUAUAUAUAUAUAUAU